AUGAACCUUUUGUUUAAGAUUUCUCAACAAUGCUCUCAUAUUGAAAUUGGGAGAGAAACCCACAAGCAUAUUCGACUACAAUUAAGAAUGGGGGAAACCCUAAAACGUCUAAUUUUCUGCCGUGUAUCAAUCUGGAAGGGGCAUAACGUGUUGAUUAAACAGAGCUAUGGACCUGCUAAAGUGACAAAAUAUGGUGUAACAGUGGCCAAAAACAUCGACUUCAAACACGAAGUCAAAGAAGUAUUGUUCUUAAAUCUUAAUAGUGAAAAUGGAAUCAAAGCUUUAUUUUCAAAGGUUUUAUGAAGAAGGAGAAAGGGAAGAGGAUGAAUCAGAUGGAAUGUGAUUGCAUUUUUUCCAAUCAUUUAUCUUCAUCACUCAAGAAAAAGAGGAAGAGGAAUUCUGAAAAUGAUUUUCUUUCAUAAAAUUCCCAAAUCAAUUCCAGAAGGCAGAAGGUAAAAGAGUCUGGAUUUCCGUUUUCCUUAUACAAUUUUGGUGGACUGUGAAAACCGCCACCACGACAACUCAGUCUCAGCCACCAACUUAAGAUAGUAUCCACUUCUCUUUCGUCAUUUUACAUAAUUUAUCGACUCACUUGACAUUUUACUUCUGAAAAUUCAAUCUUUUUUGCAUACUUUUCUAGGGUUUGAAGAGGCACUUCCAAACGGAACCGACCUAGGACAUGAUUUCGGUCUUCCACUUGAUUACUACUUGUGUCAGUUUGGUUCACCCUAUUCAGUCCAGUCGAUUCAAACAUCCAUUUACCUCACUUUCUGACAUUUUCUAAAGAUUUCUACUAAGAUUCUUCAGUAUUUGUUUAAUUAAAAUCCGUCAUUUAUCGUCGCUAGGUUUUAUUAUUAUUAUUUUUGUAGGGCUAAAUCUAAGGAACUGAGUCUGUGAAAUUAGAGCAGUAAGUAUAACCCCGUAAAUUCAUCUCUUAUGUAAAUUGAACAUACAAUCUGAUACCAAAUGCUAGAACUUGAAGGUAUAUUAUGACAACUAAUUUACUAAAUAUCUUUAAUUUUAAAGUAAAAAACUUUGGUACAUACAAUUUGUGAGGAGCAUUGGAUUGAAUAUUCAGAUAAGUUUAUUUCAUUGUAAACAAUAUUUUCAGUUUUUUGUCGUUUUGAAUAUUUCAGAUAUGGUUAGUUGUUUAUAUGAGUAUUUUGGUUCCUUUUUUUUGGCUGGUUAGAGGUAAAAAAGAACACAACAUCUGCAUUUUCCCUGCGUCAAUAUCACAUCAGGUAGUUUACUGAUUUUUUUUUGUAUAUAUUUACUUUCCACAUGGUAUACUACUAUACAAAAAUGGUACUGAUGGAUCAAUAGCCUGCAUUUACACCAUCAUAGGGUCUAACUGAAGGUGUAUUAGAUCGUUAUGUUCAUCGGUGGGUGUUUUGGACAAAUAUACCCUUGCUUCUUUGUAGUUGUUCUGUGGAUUCUACUUUAAAAUAAUACUUGAAAAAAAAACAAAAGAUAAUUAGUCAUUCAUCUAACCACCUGAUAUAUACUUUAUAAUUGAAGAAAAUACAUCAACCAGCUCAGGUUUUCAUCUUUAAGUAUGCUUUCAUUUUAUGACCCAAUCUAUCCUCAUGGUCAUUCAUACUGUUGUGAGAUUUGUUAAGAAGUAAUUUGAUUUUUUUUUUUUUUUUUUUUUUGCAUUCACAUUCGUUUAUAUAUGUUUCAUAUUCUACCUUCCCAACAAUAUAUUGGAAUAUGAUAAUGUAAGCUUUAAAUUCAUAAUGAUUAUUGAAUAUAUGUUUAUUUUGUGUUAUUUGUAUGUAUUAAAUAGGUCGAAGGGUAAAAUAGUCAUUCAUUCAGGUUUAUAUAGUAUUGCUGGUAGAUAUUGCUUUCAAUGAUCACUCAGAUGAGACAAGGCAAUUUCAUUUUUGCAUUCUGUGUUUGUAAUUAGAUUUUUCUUGACUAUUACUCCAAUUUAACCGUAUCUUCUAUACAAACCAAACCGUAUAAGAAACACCUGACCGGUAGGUUACUUCACAGUCAAUUGUAUCAAUUAGGGACUAGGGUUUAAAGGGGCUACAUUUUUUUUAUGGGGUUUUGUAUUUCUGGAUAUCUUUUUUUGAGAUAUUUUAUACCUUUUUUUGCGAAUUGCUGAUCCUGCCACUUUUGUGUAAUGGAUUUGUCGUUCAAAUAGCUUCUCAAAUGAUCCAACAGCAAGAAGUAAAUUUUUUCCAGAUCAGUCAUAGCUGUUCUUUGUAACUGAUAAGAUUCGCUUGCAUCUCCACUUUUGCAUUACUUAGAAACCUCAAAUUCAAGAACUUUAUGCGACAUACUUUUGUGAUUUGUUAAGUUAAUGUAUUAUUUAGAUAAAGCCCAGAAAGACGUGAAUGUGAAUGAUGUUGUGAAGGGUAAAAAGGGAAAACUGGAACAAAAAGAAGAGGAGGAGGAGGUUUUUAGGGUGGAGAAAAAACCGGAAGUGAAAGAAGUUGGUGACAAUGAAGCCGAGUAGAAGCUCAAGCUAUGGAAUGGAAUCAUUGAGAUUCCGUUGGAAUGAAAAAAAAAAAGCAUUUUGUUUUUGUAGUAAUUACUCCCAUUUGAUUGAAAGUCAAAUUUCUUCUAGAAAUUUAAUCUUCUUUUGAUUUGGGUGUCUCCUUAAAGACGAAUAAUUUAGGGCUUCUUUUGAUUUGGGUGUCUCCUUAAAGACGAAUAAUUUAGGGC